AUGGGGAAGGAGCAGGAGCUUCUCGAGGCGGCUCGCACGGGGAACCUGGCCGCUGUGGAGAAACUGUUAUCCGGGAAGAGGCAGUCGGCUGGGGCUGGCGCUGGAUCCUCUGGCAUAAGCGGCAACAGCGGUGGCACCUCCUCACACACUCUGUCCAGUCUGCUUAGCAUCUGGAGAGGCCCCAACGUGAACUGUGUGGACAGCAGCGGCUACACUCCUCUCCACCACGCGGCUCUCAAUGGACACAGCGAGGUAGUGGAAGCACUGCUCAGGAACGAGGCCUUGACCAACAUCGCCGACAACAAGGGCUGCUACCCGCUGCACUUAGCCGCAUGGAAAGGGGACCAGCGAAUAGUGCGGCUACUCAUUCACCAGGGGCCCUCGCACCCCAAGCUCAACGAACAGAGCUCUGUAGACCAAAAAGAGUUCAAGCGCUGUGGGCCCUUUGAUCCCUAUAUUAAUGCCAAGAACAACGAUAACGAGACCCCGCUUCACUGUGCCGCUCAGUACGGCCACACGCAGGUGGUCCGGCUGCUUCUGGAGGAGCUCACGGACCCCACCAUGAGGAACAACAAGUUUGAGACUCCCCUGGACCUGGCCGCGCUGUACGGCCGCCUGGAGGUGGUCCGGCUCCUGCUCAGUGCCCACCCCAACCUGCUGAGCUGCAACACAAAGAAGCACACCCCCCUGCACCUGGCCUCGCGCAACGGACACCUGCAUGUGGUGGAGGUGCUGCUGGACGCCGGCAUGGACAUCAACUACGAGACGGAGAAAGGCAGUGCCCUACAUGAAGCGGCCUUAUAUGGAAAGACUGAUGUUGUGCAGAAGCUUCUCAUGGCAGGUAUCGACGGGAACAUGGUGGACCGGAAAGGCCUGACCGCACUGGACAUUGUCACGGACAUGCCCUCGCAGAAGAGCCGGGGGAUCGCUGCUCUUAUACGAGGGCACAUGUCAGGAAAACCUCCAGAUAUAGAUCUCCCUCCGCCGCCCAUCCCCCCACCACAAGAGACCCCGAGUCCACGGAAAACAAGCGACCUGGAGAGGAUGACAGAGCUGAUCUCUGGUCUCGCCCCGGCUCCAGAGGAGGAGUGUCCGUAUGAGGCUCUGUUUGAAGCCACGUCCUGUCACUCUCUGGACAGUCUGACCAGCGGCAAGUCUUCUGACCGCGACUCAGGCCGGCCAGACAGCGAGGCCGGGAAGAAAGAACGACUCGGACCAUUGCCCCAUCCUGUUGCGGGACAAGAGGAGGAGGUCAGCUCAGAGGCCCUGUUCACAAACAGCAGUAUUGACGAGCGAGGAGAGCAGGUGGAAGAAUAUGAGGACCACACGUAUGAAUUAUUACUCACAGCGCAGACCAAAGUCCCUCCACCGAACCAAGAUCCACCGCCACAAAAAGACGGUUCUAUGACUACACUACAGUCUUCCAACAAUGUCCUACCUCAGCGUAAAUCUAGCGCCCCCAACAACAUCAAAGGCUCCAGCCGGACCAGCGGGGGCCUCCACCCACCAGCCCGGGUCGGACUGAGGGCCUCCGGAGGAGACCCAAGCCAAACGCAGGGACCAGCAUUCCCGGAGCAAUUCACCGGCCUCCUCCACGGAUCAUCCCCGGUGUUCGAUAUCCGAGAAGAUCCAUUCAGAAUCCCAGCUGUGGCACCGACCAAUCAGAGCCAAUCUCCCAAACCCAACCAGGAAGUGUCUGUAGCAGCAUCUUCUCCCUCCACUUCAUCAUCAUCAUCGCCGAAUCGACCCAAUAUGGCGGCUAUCCUGACGGACUGCGAUCCCAAAGCUAUUUACGCCACUGUGAACAAGGAACCCAAAGAUGCAGGAGCUGGGGGGGGCUGUGCAGGGAGAACGCGUCCUCCCGGAGACCUGAAGCUGGCGAGGAGUCUGUCCAAGUCAGAUUCGGAUCUGCUGGUGUCGCCCCCGAACGAGGAGGACGGAGGAGGACUGGGGAAUCGGAGCGAGUCCGUCUCCAACUGUAGCACUGGGAAGAAGAGGCUGGAGAAGUCCCCCUCCUUCACCUCCGAAUGGGACGAGAUCGAGAAGAUCAUGACACUGAUUGGUGCAGGCAUUGAUUUUUCCAGAGAUCAGCAGUACGCCACUCCAGGUGCAGGACGCCUCUUGGAGCAGCCGGUGGGGGACUGGCUGGAGCAUGUGGGGCUGCCUCAGUACGAGAGCAAACUACUGCUCAACGGCUUUGACGACCUGCACUUUAUGGGGAGCAAUGUGAUGGAGGACCAGGACUUGAGGGAGAUUGGAAUCACGGACGCAAGCCACCGCAAGAAAAUCCUCCAUGCGGCAAGAUCAUUUCCAAAGGUGAAGGCGUUUGGCUGUGACGGCAGCUGCUCGCUCUCCUCGUGGCUGGAGAACCUCGGCCUCCAGGAGUACCUGCCCAACUUCCUGUCCAGCGGAUAUCGCACCUUAGACUGUGUCAAGAACCUGUGGGAGCUGGAAAUCGUCAAUGUUUUAAAGAUCACAUUAUUGGGCCAUAGGAAACGGAUCAUCGCCUCUUUAGCAGAACGGCCGUAUGAGGAGCCUCCUAUAAAACCCCCACGUCUCUCUCAGAUCAGGUGCCUUGACUUGCCAGGCUCCCAGUCGUCUUCUCCCCUCAGUCACAUGGACUCGUACACCGGACACUCCAUGGACCCACUGCUGCCCCCUGUGGACAGAAAGAAAAGUUCAGACACAGACUACGAGAUUCCCCAAAGACACCGGCAAAGAUUACAGGAAAGACCAGAAGAGCGGUACCAUGAACCUCGGCUUACCCUGCGGCCCCCGAGCCUCGCUGCUCCUUACGCUCCUGUGCAGAACUGGCAUCAUCAGCCCGAGAAGCUCAUCUUUGAGUCCUGUGCCUAUGAGGCGUCUUACCUGGGUUCCAUGCUUAUAAAGGAUCUGAGGGGAACGGAGUCGACCCAGGACGCAUGUGCCAAAAUGAGGAGGUCAACAGAGCAGUUACGAAAAGUGCCAAUCAUCGUCCUAUCAAUCACGUACAAGGGAGUGAAAUUUAUUGACGCAGCCAAUAAGAACAUCAUUGCCGAACACGAGAUUAGAAACAUCUCGUGUGCAGCGCAGGACCCUGAGGACUUGUGCACGUUCGCCUACAUCACGAAAGACCUGCAGACGAGCCACCACUACUGCCACGUCUUCAGCACCGUGGACUUGAACCUGACCUAUGAGAUUAUCCUGACGCUGGGCCAGGCGUUCGAAGUGGCCUAUCAGCUCGCUCUGCAGGCUCAGCGGACCAAACAGCAGCAGAACAUCCCUCUGGCCUCCACCGCGGAAAUCGUAGAAACUAAGUCCACAAGACCGGUGCCAAAACCCCGGGGCAGUGUGCGCAAAUCUGACUCCCCUCCUCUCGACAGUCGCUGCUGUUACUGUUACUCCUGCUCCUCUCAGCGACCCUCUGCUCUGCCGCUGCUCUCUGCCUCCUCUUCCUCCUCUGCGGCUCAGGUGCUGCUCUGUGCCUCCUCUUCCUCCUCUGCGGCUAACACUGUUCACAGAGGGCUUCAUCCUCUUCCUGAGCUCUCCUCUUUCUUCUACAUUCUUCAGCUGUCUGGGAAAGAGGCCAAAACUUUUCUAUGCCCCACACCUGCUUUGGAGAUCACAAGGACCAGGAAGCAGAUUCCCAUUCUCAGAGCGGCGUCACUUGGCUCGCGGACCCCAAGGAGUCCAAACGCACUAUUAGCACUAACUGAGCACUGGCCGCUCCCAGAGAGGCAUGAGCUGGAUGUAGGACUUUUGGAUCAACUCCCUUCUUCUCUACGGUUCAGGAGAGAGAUGCCGAACAGUGACACGUGGCCUCGUGCCGUCGCCGUGGAGACCCUCAGUAACAUGGACAGUGCCCACAGCUGUGACAGCGUCAUCAGUGUGGUGUCCGCCUGUAGCGAGGACAGUAUGGAGCACUUGUCUGCGGAGGAGAAGGCCUGUCUCAUGUAUCUGGAGGAAACUAUUGAGUCUCUGGACCUUCAGGAGGACAGCGGUUUCUCCAACGAUGAGCCGGACCCAGCCAACUUGAAGAGAAAACAAGUGAGCGAUUCUCUGCCUGAGCCUGAAAUCAGCAGUAACAUUCUGAGCGUCCUGGCUGAAAGUACAUCUUCAUCUGAUCAACCUGAACCUGACAUUCCCCAGUCCUCCGACUCCGACUCCAGUGACGUCCCCUCACACAUCCCUCUAGAGCUCACACCUGCAGUUCUCCAGCCAUCCUCCGGGAGCGCCACACCUGUCCCAGCCUCACAAGACACAGACGUCCAGAACUCCUUCAUCCCUCCUCCGUCCGACUUCAUGGACGAACCACCGUCUCCUGCUACUCCAUCGUCCGACUGCCCUUCUUCCCCUUCUCCCAAGUCCACCAUUAACCUGGACGUGCUUAGAAGGAGAGUGUCGGAGAAAAGUAGCCCAAAGAUCUCUCCUUUAAUCACAGCCCUGGCCAGACUCCCCACUUCUCCCACAAAAAGCAUCCCUGAGAAGUCUGUUGGUAGUUCUCUAGCUCUUGUCGAUCCUGUGCCAAUCACCCAGAGCACAAUUCCUGCAACUCCGGAAAGUCCCGCUACAGCUGUUGAUCCGGUCUCAACCGCUGUAGUUCUACCAUCAGAGGUUCCAGUUGAGCCCAAAAACCCGCCACCAGCCGUUGCUCCCAAACCCAAGAAGCUACCCCCAAACAUUAUCCUGAAAUCGCUCAAAUCCCCAGGCCAUGACAGCAGCGUGGGGCAUCAGUCUCCCAUGGCGACGGAGCGGCCUCUGAUGGACCCUCAGAAAGUGCGCAUGGAGGCUUUGAGGAAACUCGGGCUUCUGAAAAGUCAGGAUGGAGAUCCAGGUCAUAAAGUGGUACAUACCAGGAGAUCGUGGGCUCCAGCCUCGACCCCGCCCAUCCCCUCGCCAAAGUCUCCUCCCGCAUCGGCACCUUACUUCAGCAAAGUCCAGAGCGCAGUCCCGGAGCGCGCCGAGACUCUUCCCGACAUCAUCCCGGUACCCGCGGCCUUCAGCGAUGACAUACAUAAUGUGUUCAGUGACCCAGGCUCAUCAGUCCUGGACAAGUUUGCUUCAUCCGCAGGGGCUGGGGCUAAGUCUGCCACUCUGGAGCGCUCUGGGUUGGGUCUUGGUAGCGGUUUGGAGCGGGCCAAGCUGACAAUGGGGGAGCUGCGUAAUGCUCGCCCGCGGCCCGCCUCUCUGGGCAACGGGAAAGACUUCUCUGGCACAGUGACCGCCCAGACCACGUCCACGUCCACCGCUGGGACCUCUGACAACUCCCAGAAGCUGCCGCGCUCUCAGGGCAUCAGCGUGCUCAUCUGUCCCCGGGCGCAGGACGAAGAGGCGCGCCGUGAUGCUCUCAGGAAACUGGGGCUGCUCAGAGACUAA